GGCGGGGCCGGCGUCGGGCCCGGCCUGGCCCGGCCACGGAAGUCGCGUUUUUUCCGGCCCGCGCGGUGCUAUGGAGUCGCUCCGGCGGCUGAGGCGGUUCGAUGCCUUCCCAAAGACCCUGGAAGACUUUCGGGUCAAGACGUGCGGCGGCGCGCUGGUGACGGUGGUCAGCGGGCUCAUCAUGGUGCUGCUUUUUUUCUCGGAGCUGCAGUACUACCUCACCGAGGAGGUUCAUCCGGAAUUGUACGUUGACAAAUCAAGGGGAGAUAAACUGAAGAUCAAUCUAGAUGUUACUUUUCCACAUAUGCCUUGUGCUUAUUUGAGCAUCGAUGCCAUGGAUGUGGCAGGAGAGCAGCAGCUGGACGUAGAGCAUAAUCUGUUUAAACAACGCUUGGAUAAGGCUGGCAAUCGUGUGACUCCAGAGGCCGACAGACAUGAACUGGGGAAAGAAGAAGAAAAGGUGUUUGAUCCAAAUGCAUUGGAUGCCAAUCGCUGUGAAAGCUGUUACGGGGCAGAGUCAGAGGACAUUCGGUGUUGUAAUACUUGUGACGAUGUCAGAGAAGCAUACAGGCGACGAGGCUGGGCCUUCAAGAACCCAGAUAGCAUAGAGCAGUGCAAGAGGGAAGGAUUUAGCCAGAAAAUGCAAGAGCAGAAGAACGAGGGCUGCCAAGUGUACGGUUUCCUAGAGGUCAACAAGGUAGCUGGAAAUUUCCACUUUGCACCAGGAAAAAGUUUCCAACAGUCUCAUGUGCAUGUUCACGAUCUGCAGAGCUUUGGACUUGAUAAUAUCAAUAUGACGCACUACAUCAAACAUCUUUCAUUUGGAAGGGAUUAUCCAGGCAUUGUGAAUCCUCUGGAUGGGACAGAUGUCACUGCACACCAAGCUUCCAUGAUGUUUCAGUAUUUUGUCAAAGUGGUUCCCACGGUGUAUAUGAAAGUAGAUGGUGAGGUGGUAAGGACCAACCAGUUUUCAGUUACACGACAUGAGAAGAUAGCCAAUGGUCUACUAGGAGACCAGGGUCUGCCUGGGGUAUUUGUGCUGUAUGAACUUUCACCCAUGAUGGUGAAGCUGACAGAGAAACACAGGUCCUUUACACACUUUCUCACAGGAGUGUGUGCCAUCAUUGGAGGCAUAUUUACAGUCGCAGGACUGAUUGAUUCCUUGAUCUAUCACUCGGCACGUGCCAUCCAGAAGAAAAUUGAACUAGGGAAGACAACAUAAAUAAGCAAUGAGCUCACUCGGCAAAAAGAAACCCCAACCCUCUUUAAGGAGAACUAAACAGGUUUUUUGAAACACAAGUGAUCUUCUGAGUACACAAGAGAAGAGGUUUGGAAUUACCAGAUAGCCCUGACUGCUCCUGCGUUACUGUCCCAUCAUUCUUUGUUUGGCAUUAAUUUCAGAAUGAACUGCCUGAACCUUGCUGCUAUAAAGAUUAGCUGUCUUGUCUGGCUUUGCAGACACUUCUGUAAAAACCCUUUUGUGCCAGGCCAUGUUCAUCCAGUUCUGCCCCCUGCCCAUCCCCCCACCCAUCCCCCAAAAAAAGAAAUGCUGGAGAUACUGCAUUCUGUUUGCCUCCAGGUAUAAUGUACUGUAUUGUCAUGAGACCUGGAAUGGGUUGAAUUUGCCAUCAAAUACGCUUCCUAGCCAAGACCAUGUAGCUUUUUUUAUCUUAAUGUUUCUGAGUGUGCUGAUGCUGUAUACCAGACCUCUGCGAAAAUGUGCUGAAUCCCACACGCUUUCCUUCCAGCUCUCCUGGGCAAUGUGAUGAGACCUAGCACCUGAGAUGUGCUUACUGUACCAUGGAGCAUUGCAGCUGCUCCAGAUUGCUGCUCUUGUGAAAAAUGCAAGUUGAUGUUUCAGAAAAAAAAGGGUUUGGAGUUUUAAUUUUUAAAUCUGAUUGUGUUUUUCACUUCCCCCCUGUUUGUAUUUUGAAACAAAGUCCAUCCUCUGUCUGUUUUGGUAAAUCAUUUAGAAGAAGAAUUAAAUUAUUUAAACUAAC